CGCCUCAAGAGUGAUCCAUAAUGAAUAGAGCUCCAUGGGCUUGUAACCUACGCUUGAACCUAUACGCCUUGGCAUUUAUAAUGUUAAAAAGGGGGGCUUCAACAUGAAUGACUCAAACCACGUGAUAACGCGUGAUUACCGCGUAUUCCAACGUCUCAACGAUCCCGUAAAAAUAAGGGAACCUCAAGAAUUAGCCACCAUGAUCCCAAUUAACAGAAACCUUUCUACUCUACGGCACCUCCAUCGAAGGGCAACAGCUGUCUCUAUAUGGAGGGUACCCCUAGAUCAUGCCGGCCUCCGUAGAUUCACCGUCGACGCAAAGAAGCAAGGGACCGUUGAGCGAGUCAUCCGCGAUGCCCCCUCAGCCUCUGAGCACCACUACGGCGCCAUCGUCGUCGGCGGCGGCCCUGCCGGCCUCGCCACAGUCGGAACCCUCCUCGAUGAAGACGUCAAACCCAUUCUCUGGAUAGACCAUAAAUUCCAAGGCGGGCGACUCAAUGCGCAAUACAGGGAGGUCCCAAGUAACACCAAAGUCUCCCUCUUCAUAGCCUUCGCGCGCGCCACAGCCGCCUUCCGCAAGAUCGCUGAUCAAGACCCCACCCCGCCUGCCUACGCGGCACUGCAGGCUAUGGACCAGGACACGGGGUGUACCCUCGCUGCGGCGGGGGAUAUGGUUGUUGAGCUCACAGCGGGUUUGGGGAAGGAAACGGACGUGGUGAUGGAGUACGGACAUGUGGAAGCCGGGUCGCUGAACGAGCAGGGCGUGUGGAGCGUCACUACGCGGGCGAGUCCCGCGGAGGCGAAGAAGGCGGGUAUCCCCACGACGCGCCUUCUUGUCCUCGCAACUGGAGCGCGUCCGCUCCCACCGCGACUGCCGGAGACGUAUCCCUAUCUGACCCCUCUGCACCUCGACACUGCGCUUAGCCCAACGGCACUGGCGGAGGCGCUGCCGAGGGAUAGGGACGUGAAAAUCGGCCUCGUAGGCGCCUCGCACUCUGCCAUCCUAGUCCUGCGAAACCUGUACGAGCUAGCGCGGAGCACGCACCCUGGGCUAAGGGUGAAGUGGUUUAGUCGGCAUCCGCUGCGGUAUGCGGUUGACAAGGGGGAUUGGAUAUUACGCGAUAACACCGGCUUAAAGGGGGAUACAGCUGUUUGGGCGAGGGAGAAUCUCGAGGAGGGGGUUUGGGAACAGAGUGAUGUGAAGGGGUAUGUCCAGAAGAUUUUCACGACGCCGGGGGAGGGGGAGAAGGUGGCGUAUGAGAGGGAACUGGGGGGAAGGGGGGUGGAUAUGAUUUGUGAGGCUGUUGGGUUUGAGAAGGCGGAUUUGCCGAGGUUGGAGAGGAGAGGGGAGGGGAUUGGGAGGAUUGAGGCGGAUGGGUUGACGGGGGGGUUGAGGGAUGAGGGGGGGGAGAUUGGGGGGUUGAAGGGGGUGGGGAUUGCGUGGCCGGAACGAGUUACGGAUAAGGAGGGGAAUGUGGAGAGUGCGGUUGGGUUGUGGAAGUUUAUGAGGUAUUUGAAGAGGGUUGUGCCGGAGUGGGCGAAGGAAAGUAAAUAGGUGGCGUUGGAGGGUAGGCUUUUGUUGUGGCAUUUAUAGGAGCUUCCAAUUUAGAUUUUAGAUAUGUUCGGAAGCAGGGAGAUAUGCUUCGUCAGCUCGGAGCGCCUGUUAUAACUCGUAUGUUAAUAUCAACAUGUCAUCCUAAAAUUUAGAAUGAUGCGC